AUGGACCUUCAGCUAAAGAAACAUAAGCAAAAUCGCCGGAAGAAUAUUGCUCGAGAGCUUAACCGCGAUGUUGCGUCCAUCGACUCUGACGAAGAACGGAAGUGGGUCAACAAAAUCUUUGAAGAUAUUGAUGCGGAGGAAAAGCGCCGACAGGGUCUAUCGCCUGCAGAAAGGCGUCGAGAAGACAUUCAGUCUUCAGCUCGAGCGCUCAAGGAACUUGUAAACGCGCAUUUUGGACCAUAUACACGGCGCCCUUAUGCCGCCUUCCUGCUUCAGGAGGCGCCGGAAUCCCGCAGAGGAGCAAAAUGCCAGCUUCAUCACUGCGAGAAGAGUAUUUGGCCUGGUGAUUAUCGGAUUAAAGUGGAUGAUGGGAAACAAUGGACCUAUUUCCCCGCAGUGCUUAAGCUUAGCUAG